UCUCUUUUCUUCCUUUAGGGUUUAGGCGCAAGUAUUUUGGAAGCGAUGCAGCAAGAACGAUCGAGCGAUGUCCGCGACGAUCAGUGGGGCUAUCCGGUGCGCACUAGCUCCGACCAGUGUAUCAGCUAUCUCAACAGCUACUACCAGCAGGUGCUGAGCUAUGGAUGGAAUUGCAAGGUGAUCCUCCAGGCUGCUGACAACGACGAGGAUUGCGCCUUGGCAAAUGCUCUGGCUGCGGGGCUUGCCGAUCCCUCUGCUGCUCUGCGAUAUUCCGAGCGCUCCAAAAGAAAUGCUGACAGAGCCACACAGUAUGAGCGUUCGGUGAUGGAAGCUCUAGACGCAAUCGCUGAAGGUUCUUAUGACAAGGCCCUUUCGUCCCAAUCAAAGGUGCUAGAAAAUUUCCCCAAGGAUUUAGCAUCACUCAAACGUGCACAAGCUAUGGCUUUCUCGAGGGGAAAGUCUCACUUGAUGCUCAAAUUUGCCUCUCAGGUCUUGCACGUAAACAGGGAUCGGGCAUACAUGUAUGGAAUGCUGGCGUUUUCUCUGGUCGAGAACGAUAGAACUGACGAAGCGGAAGUUGCUGCAAGGAGAGCUCUGUCCAUCGAGAAGCACGACGUUUGGGCCCAGCAUGCGUUGUGCCACGUCUUUCAGGAGCGCCAGCAAUACAAGGACGCCAUUAUGUUCAUGGAGAGCAACUCGGAAUCUUGGGAGAGAUGCGGCUCAUUCCUGUAUAGUCAUAACUGGUGGCAUUUAGCGCUUUGUCAUCUAGAGGGUGAUGAUAAUGGGAAUGCAGCCGGGAACGCGCUACGGAUAUUUGACACACGUAUAUGGGGAGACCGCGAAAGAGCUGAAAAGGAUACAUUUGCGGUGAGCCUGAACGCGUUGGGACUUUUGCUGUCUCUUCAAGUGAAAGGAUUUGGAGAGUACGUCGGCGAACGAGUGAGUCACAUCGCGAAGCUCUUUGUGGACGAGUCAACAUGGCACAAGGAGUGGCUACUUGAUCUCCUGGUCCUUUGGUCACUGGCUCGAAGCUCUUUCAUUGCAGAGGCCAGACAGUUACUGUCAUCUCUGGAUAAACGAGCACAUAUGAUCGGUUCUACAGAGGAGAUUCACCAAAUGAUAGUCUCGGUAAUCAAUGCUGAUUUAGUUUGCGUUUCUGUGAUAGUCUCGUUUAAGUUGCGGACGUUGUUUUCGACGUGUCAGCUUGCUUCAGCACUGUACGAGUAUGGCUCCGGCAACGAAAGGGCGGUCUCUUCACUCUUGGGAUCACAAUUUAGUGCUCGGGAGCUCAAGGUGAUUGGAGCCUCGAAUGAGCAGAUGAGAGUGUUUGGGCACCUGUGGGCAACAGCAAGCGGUCUCAUAUCUGCUGGGAUCAGGUAGUAUGGAAAACUUUGUUAUGUACAGGCUUGUUGUGUAAUAAUAGAUUGCUCAACUCGAGCAUACACAAACGUGUGAACCUUG